GGUCUCUGCGAUGCCCCUGGCCCAGCGGCAACGCCCGCCUCUCUGUUGCAGGACCUCCCGCCACCCAGGAUGGACGUGUCCCCUGAGGGCCCUCCCGGCCGGGGGCCAGUGCUGGUACGCCGGCGGCCCCCCGCACCCCGGGGCCUGCGGCAGGCGCUCAGGGCCAGGCUGCGGCAGCGCUGGGACUGCAGUCCGCGGGGUGCCUGGGCGCUGGUGCAGGGCCUGCUGCCCGCCAUGCGCUGGCUACCCCGGUACCGCCCACGGGAGGACCUGGCGGGCGACGUCAUGUCCGGGCUGGUCAUUGGCAUCGUCCUGGUGCCGCAGGCCAUCGCGUACUCGCUGCUGGCCAGCCUGCAGCCCGUGCACAGCCUCUACACGUCCUUCUUCGCCAGCCUCAUCUACUUCCUCAUGGGCACCUCGCGCCACGUCUCCGUGGGCGUCUUCAGCCUGCUGUGCCUCAUGGUGGGGCAGGUGGUGGACCGGGAGCUGCUGCUGGCCGGCUUCGACCCCGCACAGGACGGCCCGGGGCAGACGGGCAACGGCAGCGCCCUCAACACCUCAGCAGCCACGUUGGCCCCCGGGCCCCUGGGCUGCGGGCGGGACUGCUACGCCAUCCGCGUGGCCAGCGCCCUCACGCUGGUGGCCGGGAUCUACCAGGUCCUCAUGGGCGUCCUCCAUCUGGGCUUCGUGUCCACAUACCUCUCGCAGCCGCUGCUGGAUGGCUUCGCCAUGGGGGCCUCCGUAACCAUCCUGACCUCCCAGCUGCAACACAUGCUGGGCGUGUGGGUCCCGCGACACCAGGGCCCGGGCAUGGUGGUCAGCACGUGGCUGAGUCUGCUGCGCAGGGCUGGGCAAGCCAACCCCUGCGACGUGCUGACCAGCGCCGUGAGCCUGCCCUUGCUGCUGGCUAUGAAGGGGCUCUCAGACCGCUGCCGGCAUCGCCUGAAAGUGCCGCUGCCCGCGGAGUUGCUGGUCAUCGUGGUGGCCACCCUGGUGUCCCACUUCGGGCAGCUGCACGAGCGUUUUGGCUCCAGCGUGGCUGGCGACAUCCCCACCGGCUUCCCGGCCCCGGAGGUGCCAGCGCCCGGGCUGAUGUGGCGUGUGGCACUGGACGCUGUGCCCCUGGCCCUUGUGAGCGCCGCCUUCUCCCUCUCGCUGGCCGAGCUGUUCGCCCGCAGCCACGGCUACUCCGUGCGCCCCAACCAGGAGCUGGUGGCCGUGGGCUGCAGCAACAUCCUGCCCGCCCUCUUCCGUGGCUUCGCCACCAGCGCAGCACUGGGCAAGAGCCUGGUAAAGACGGCAGCCGGCAGCCGCACGCAGCUGUCUGACAUGGUCAGCGCGGCCGUGGUGCUGCUGGUGCUGCUGGCCCUGGCGCCGCUCUUCCGGGCCCUGCCGCGCAGCGUGCUGGCCUGCAUGGUGGUGGUCAGCCUGCGCGGGGCCCUGCACAAGGCCAGGGACGUCCCGCGGCUGUGGCGGCUCAGCCCCGCCGACGCGCUGGUGUGGGUGGCCACGGCGGCCACCUGCGUGCUGGUCAGCACCGAGGCCGGGCUGGUGGGCGGCGUGCUGCUCUCGCUGCUCAGCCUGGCCGGCCGCACGCAGCGCCCGCACGCCGCGCUGCUGGCCCGCGUCGGGGACUCGGCCUUCUACGAGGACGCGGCGGAGUUCGAGGGGCUGGUGCCCGAGCCGGGGGUGCGGGUGUUCCGCUUCGCCGGGCCCCUCUGCUACGCCAACCAGCGCUUCUUCCUGCGCUCGCUCUACCGCCUCACCGGGCUGGACGCGGGCCGGGCGGCCCGCCGCGGGGAGCGGGCUCCGGGGGCCGGCGUCGGCGGGGGCGCCCCGGGCGCGGGCAAGGACGCCGCCCCGGAGGCGGGCGCGGCCGGCGGCUUCCACGCGCUGGUCAUCGACUGCGGCCCGCUGCUGUUCCUGGACGCGGCGGGCGUGGCCACGCUGCGCGCCCUGCGCCGGGACUACGGCGCGCUGGGCAUCUCGCUGCUGCUGGCCGGCGGCGGCGCCCGGGUGCGCGGCGCCCUGCGCAGGGGCGGCCUGCUGGGGCCCGGCGCGGACGGCGCGGACGGCGCGGACGGCGCGGACGGCGCGGACGGGGGGCCGCUGUUCCCCAGCGUGCACAGCGCCGUGCGCGCCGCCCAGCCCGGCCGGCGCCCGCGGCCGCGGACCCCCGUGGGCCGGCCGCCCGUCGCCGCCCGUGGGGACCGAGGGCUCGGGGGCCGCGGCGCCGUCUCGCAGGCGCCAUCAGGACCCGCCGCGGCCCGAGCUGCCCUGCGCACCCGAGGGCCGGCCGGGGCAGGAGGGGCUCCGCCGAGUGUGCCCUGCACCUGCGCCCCGCCCUCGCCGGCCCCCGGGCACCGCUGA